ACAGCAUCAUCGUCCCUUCUCUCUCUCUAAUCUGAUUUAUCUCUAUAAAAAAUUGCAACGAUCAACUUUACCACCCCCUCUUCCUUUGAUGAUCCAUGCUGCCUUUGCCUUUCUCCUUUGCCUCCUCUUUUCCCUUUAUUCCCUUCCUAGCUGCUUGCUGCUAACAAACUGCUUUACAUUGCUCCAGCCCCUGCAUAGCUCAGAUCAUAUACACCAGCAAGGCAAGAGCACGCCCAUAGCAGCAGUGCAGCAGCGAGAGCACGCACGUAGACGUGCUGGAACUCGCGCCAUGAGAGAGUUCUCGUACGAGGAGGUGGAGGCGGCGACGGGCGGAUUCGCGGCCAAGAACCUCGUGGGGAAGGGCAGCCACGGGAGCGUGUACAGAGCCAGUCUGCGGGGAGGAGGGGGAGGCAGGCGCGUCGUCUUCGCCGUCAAGAGGCCGUCGCACGAGCAGGGGGAGGCCAAGCUCGCCAACGAGAUCGCCGUGCUCUCCGCCGCGCCGCGCCACCCGGGCGUCGUCGGCCUCGUCGGUGUAGCGGCGCCGCAGCAUCAGCCGCCGGCCGAAGAGGAUGCAGGGUCGAAGAGGGUGUUGGUGCCGUCCCCACCGCUGCUCGUCAUGGAGUACGUGCCCAACGGGUCGCUGCACGACCUUCUGCACCGGUCUCCGAGGCCGCCGCCGUGGCCGCGCCGCGUCGAGAUCGCGCUCGACGUGGCGGGCGCCGUGCGCGCGCUGCACGCCGCGGUGCCGCGGGUCAUACACCGGGACGUCAAGUCCGCCAACAUCCUGCUCGGCCGCGACGGCCGCGCGCGCCUCGCCGACUUCAGCCUCGCCGUCAGGGUCGCCGCCCCUGACGGCAGAGAAGGCGCCCGUGACUCCAGUGACGAAGACGCGGGGCCGGCGCCGGCGGGCACGAUCGGUUACCUCGACCCGUGCUACACGGAGCCCGGUCGCCUGGGCCCGGAGAGCGACGUGUUCAGCUUCGGCGUCGUGCUCCUGGAGCUCGUCAGCGGGCGCAAGGUAAUGGACGUGAACUCGUGCCCGUCGUCCAUCGUCGCCUGGGCCGAGCCGCUGAUCGGCGCCGGCCGCGAGUGGGAGGUGUUCGACGCGAGGGUGGCCGCCCCUCCCACCGCGCGGGCGGAGCGCGCGGUCGCCAGGGUGCUCGCAGUGGCGGCGCGGUGCGUGUCGGGGAGCGUGGAGUGCCGGCCGGCCAUGUCGGAGGUGGUGUCCGAGCUGCGCGGCGUCCUCGAGAGAGCCGGGUGGAGACGGGGCUACACCCGUAGGGUGGUCGAGAGAGCGUACAGGCGCGUCGUGUCGUGGGGGCAGCACGUAAGGAGGAGCAAGAGGGUGAGGGCGACCAAGAUCGAGUGCACCGAGCACUCCGAGUGCAGCGGUGCUGCACCGGACCCCGAGGAGUCAAACAGCACGAGCGGCGCGCCCAAAUAAGCUGACCGAUCGAAAAUCAAAUGCUUCGAGAGUCGCCAGGGAAAUCCUCAACUCCGCGGGGAUUCUCAGAAAUCCUGGGCCGCAUUGAGCUCAACUGUCAAAAGUGUAGUCUUCUCCUAAGUGAUGGUUGCCUUGGUCACGGAUUUCAAAUCCGUUUUACAAUUUGUUUCGUUCAUAGGUGAAAAGAUUGAAUUUUGUGAAAUUUUAUUGAAAUUUCAGUUA